AUGACUACGUAUCAAUUGACAAAACCGAUUCGUAGUAAAAUAUUCAAUUAUCGCCAAACGGUUUCAGCUUUUAAUAUAGAUUUUUUCCAGAAAUCUACAUGUGACUGUCGAUUGUCAACAUUCUGUGAUGCUCAACAUAAACAUAUCAUCACUGGUGAUUUAAGAAUAGUGAAAAAUAAACAACUACGCGAACUUCUCCGAAAAGGACCACAGUAUCGUGAACUACAACCAACUAAUUGGAAACAUGCUUUUGAAAGUGUAAAAGAAGCUGUAGAAAAUUAUAUUGAUAAAGUUUCAAAAAAGGAAAAAUUAGCUAAAAUCUUAUUUCGUGAAUGGAAAACUGAACUAUUACAGUUAGUUACAGAUCGUAUCAAACAAUUAAGAAAACAACGAGUGAAUUAUCGAGCAUAUAGCUUAUAUAAACCAAAAUUAAAACAACAAUGUAUUAUAGAUGAGUUGAAAGCUUUGCAUGAGAAAUAUGUACUUGUACCGAUUGAUGAAGCUAGUAAAAACGUUGCUGUCAUCUGCAAAAGGUUUUAUUUAGAAAAAAUUCUGGCAGAAAUCGGGUAUUAUACUCCAUCUGAUACAUAUAAAAUCGAUGAUAAGUUCGAUCCAUCAGAAUUAAUCGAUUCACAAUGUAAAGUGCUCAAAGAGGAUUAUAAUAUAGACGUUGCUGAUAAUAUGAAAAAACUACCAUUCAUUUAUUGGAUCCCAAAAUUUCAUAAAAAUCCAAUUAAACAACGCUUUAUAAUCUCAUCAUCCUAUUGCUGCACUAAAAAAUUAGCUAAACUGCUCUGUUGUGCAUUACGGUUAAUGUAUGAACAACAAAUUAAAUAUUGUGACAAUCUACUAAUCAGAACAAAAAUAAAUCGAUUUUGGAUCAUCGACAGCUCAUCUCAUGUAUUAAAGCGAAUUAAAGAGAUUAAUAAGAAAAGAUCAGCUAGAAAUAUUGAAACAUACGACUUUUCAACAUUAUAUACAAGUAUACCGCACGACCUGCUAAUUGAAAGUAUGAAAUGGAUAGCUAAGAAAAGUAUCUUAUCAAAUAACACAGUGAUACUAACCAAUGGAUGGUUCGCUACCUUCCAAAGUAACAUCAAUAUUCAAAACAACAAUAAGCACAAAUAUUAUACAAUAAUUAGUAGAGAAACCUUCGGUCAUAUGAUUAAAUUUCUAGUUGAGAAUAGUUAUUUCACUCUAGGUAAGAUUGUUGUUAAACAAACCAUUGGAAUACCAAUGGGCACAGAUCCCGGGCCCCUUUUAGCAAAUUUGUUCUUGUACAAAUCAGAAUUUGAAUUUUUGGAUAAAAAUACACAAAAAUUGUAUUCAACAUGCAGAUCAUUAAAUAACACCUUUCGCUACAUUGAUGAUCUAAUUACAAUAAAUUCUGAUGAUAAAUUCAAUCUGCACCAAAUGUCCAUAUAUCCAUCACAACUGACGUU